AUGUGUUACACAGAGGACAUUGGAGAUAUGUGCAUCUUCCUUUCAAAGAGUGAGGCUUUCUGCCUCCAGGCUAGCUCUUGCCCUGGUCUCAAGCACAACUCCAUUUAUUACAUGGGCCGCGUCUUUGCUGUUUACGACCUCACCGCCAAAAACAUACGCCAUUUUCAGCACCCGAAAGGCGCACCACCAGAGAUUCCCUUCCUCCCUUACUGGCUUCCCCCAUAUUCAAUCUAG